AAUUCAAAAACAAUCUUUAGAAAUCACAAGUGGUGAUGAUGAUAAUGCUACAGAUGUCGGACUUUCUCCUGGUGUUGAAAAUACAAAACAAGGUACAAAGGAGGCGUCCUGUAAAGUGGAAAAACUGGUCACUUCUGGUGGUGGCAAUUUAACAAUGGAGUAUGUUAUUUUUGAACUUGGACCUGGUUGUUUAGAAGACAAUACAAUGAUAAAGUUGGUCGAGGUUAACAAUCCAAGCUACAUCAAAAGCUUGCUAGACUUGGAACUUCUUCAAAGUAGCAUAUGCCAUCUGCAUUGUCUUCCCAACGGCCUACAUUUCUUAAAACCUGCUCAAUUGCAAAUUAACAUCAAUGGGGAGAGAGGAUUCUCAGAAAUAGCUUUGGAAAAGAUUGUUGCUCUUUAUGGAUCCUAUUCGAAUGAUAAGCAAAAAAUGGAAUGGCAACAGGUGGAAGACAUUGAUUUGAAUGAAUCAAGAAUUUUGUUAAACAUUUCAAAGUUUUCUUGGUACAGUUUCAUUGAAGCUUCUCUUUCACUUAUUCCUCGUAUUUUAUGUCAUCUCAACCAUUUUUUUCAAGCUUAUGCCUAUGUACUCCAUCGAAGAUCAUCAGAAACGGGAACAUUAGACAUUAAAGUUGUCUUUGUCAGCUCUUUCGUGCGCGAAAAGUUAGGAGAUUCUCCAAUGAUAAACUUGGCCAAAGAUUGGGAAGACUUCCACGGAAAUAAUAACAAUGAAGAUAUCAUUGAUAUCAACACUGAUCGAAAUCAUGAAAUACAGCUUAAUUUUCAGGGAAAGGAGCUUGAUUCAUACACUUUUGAAAUAGAUAUUUCAAAGCUUGAUAACGGUGGUUUUGUUGUUCAUCACUUUAAAAGAAUUCAAGUAAAUUUUCCUGCUAAAGGACAAUUGGAGGUGAAAGAAAGUGGAAACAAGAAUUCGAAGUGGAAGCUGAAUGUCGACGAAGAAAACUCACAGGGAGCCGUGAUAAAUAAAGAAAUCACAAGUGGUGAUGAUGUUAAUGCUAAAGAUGUCGGAACUUCUCCUGGUGUUGAAAAUACAAAACAAGAACUCACAAGUGGUGAUGAUGCUAAAGCUAAAGAUGUCGGAAAUUCUCCUGGUGUUGAAAAUACAAAACAGGAAGAGUGGAAAUACGUUGAUGAAUCAACGAAACAUAGACAACUGCUUUUAAAAUUGAUUGAAUAUGGACGCAAUCCCAGUGUUGAGGUUAACGUGGAGGGCAAUGUACGUGUAAUAUUCUCAGAAGAAUUUUGCAUUGGCGAAGGAAGUGAUGCAACCCGUGUUUAUCUUGGACUGGAAGAAGAUACUGGAACAGAAUAUGUUUAUUUGAUAUUAGACUUAUGUGAAGAAUCAUUGGAGAGUUUUGUCAAGUCUUCUACUUUGCAUGAUCUUCAAAAAGCUCUUCCUGAUAUUCUUAGACAAAUUUUAAAAGGAUUAGCUGAUCUUCAUAGCGGCCCAAAUCCUAUUCUACAUCGGGAUUUGAAGCCUUCCAAUGUUCUGCGAGACUCAAAAAGCAAAUUUCUGAUAGCUGACUUUGGCAUAAGUCGAAUAAUGAAGAAUGACUCUACAACAUAUAAAAGCAAUACUUCCAUGGGAACUGUGCAUUGGAUAGCUCCUGAAUCAUAUUGCGAAGAUGAUGAUACAGUAAAUAAAGCGCGUUACAAAAGAAGGUCUGAUGUAUAUGUAAGUGUAGGAAUGUAA